AUGCCCAAGCGGAGCAAGGCAAACGCCGCGGCGGCAGCGGCGGAGGCGGAGGCGGCGGCGGCGGAGUCGGCUUCGACGCCGGCUAAGGCCACUAAAGGCACUCCAAAAAAAAAAUCCAGAGCACCCGAAGGGAUCAAGCGCAAGCCGCACCGCUAUCGGCCGGGAACAGUGGCACUAAUGGAGAUUAGGAGGAGGUACCAGAAGACCACGGACCUCCUUAUUCGCAAGCUGCCGUUCAUGCGACUUGCAGCAGAGGCCUAUCUCGUGGACUUGUUUGAAGACGAAGUUCUGCUCGCCAUACACUCCAAACGAGCUACUUCAAUGGCCUCCUCCUGCCCCACCUGA